GGGCACCUAUUCGUGGGAGAAAACGUUGACGAGGAAGGGAGCGUUAAUGUUAUGGAAAGGAAAAUCAAAGAAAAAGAGUAAAGAAGAAGCUGCGCGCUCCCUGCUGGUCCCUUCCCUGCACUCCAACUCUGCAUUCUGUAACUCCAACAACAACAACACAGAGGUCGUUACCCUGAAAUGAAUGCCCUUAAUAAUUAGAUAUAUAGGUUAUUAUGGAUUUUGUUUCUCUCUUCCUCCCCUUUUUCAUUCUCAAGCUUGUUCUCAAAUUAAAGUACCCCAACUCCUUCAUCAUUAGGACUUUCUUCCAAGCAACACUCCACCACCACCACCACCACUAAGUUUCAAUCCCUCUACUUAAUCCCCCACUCAUCGAAUUCCUUGCUCACUCUCGCAGAAACCCAUUUGAUUUCUCGCUUCUUCGAGCUCCAAUGCUUCAUUCACCUUAGCCCCUGCACUGAUUUCUGGGUACUCCUUCGUAUUUACCUUUUGGUUUCUCCAAAUUCGUAUCUUUUAGCCCAGAAAUUGAAUUUGUAGCCAUGCCGGGUUUAGUCUCCGUGCAAACUCCACCUCAGACACCGUCACUUCCCUUGUUCAUCCCCGACAGGCCUACCCGGACAGACGAGUAUUCCUAUGGCAGCAACGCCAACACUAUCAAAACCCCAUCUCCCUUCAAUUCGCAAACCCGGCAAGGAAAGAAGACCCCAGAAAAGACACCCACACACGACUCCUCGUUCGAGAACCCGGAUUUGGGUCCAUUUCUGUUGAAGGUUGCCAGGGACACGAUGGUUUCAGGUGAGAACCCGCUUAAGGCGUUGGAUUAUGCGCUCCGGGCUUCCAAGUCCUUUGAAAAAUUUUCGGGUCCGGGUCUGGAGUAUGUCAUGAGCUUGCACCUCGUGGCCGCGAUUUACUGUAGCUUGCGGCGGUUUGAGGAGGCGGUUCCGGUUUUGGAACGGUCCAUUGAGGUUCCGGAUCCGGAGAAUGGGUCCGAUCACGCACUUGCGAAGUUUUCCGGGUACAUGCAACUCGGGGAUACGUAUUCGAUGCUGGGGAGGCUGGACAAGUCUAUUUCGUGCUAUGUGUCGGGUUUAAAGAUCCAGAUGGAGGUUCUGGGUGGAUCGGAUCCAAGAGUUGCAGAGACUUGCAGGUACUUGGCUGAGGCCCAUGUUCAAGCAAUGCAAUUUGAUGAGGCAGAGCGCUUCUGUAAGAAGACUCUUGAAAUUCAUAGGGAGCAUACUGCACCAUCAUCCCUUGAAGAAGCGGCCGAUCGGCGUCUUAUGGCUCUCAUCUGUGAGGCAAAGGAUGAUUAUGAGUCUGCACUCGAGCACCUUGUCCUUGCUAGCAUGGCAAUGAUUGCCAAUGGGCAAGACAAUGAGGUUGCAGCUAUUGAUGUUAGCAUCGGUAACAUUUACUUGUCUCUCUGCCGUUUUGAUGAGGCUGUUUUUUCCUACCAGAAGGCACUUACAGUCUUCAAAUCCACCAGGGGUGACAAUCACCCCUCUGUAGCAUCAGUCUUUAUUCGCCUUGCUGACCUCUACUACAGGACAGGAAGGCUGAGAGAGUCCAAAUCAUACUGUGAGAACGCCUUGAGGAUAUAUGCAAAACCUGUGCUUGGAACCACAGCUGAGGAAAUUGCCUGUGGGUUGACUGAGAUCUCUUCAAUAUAUGAAGCUGUAAAUGAGCCAGAGGAGGCACUGAAGCUCUUGCAAAAGGCAGUGAAGUUACUGGAGGAUAUUCCUGGGCAGCAUAACACGAUUGCAGGAAUAGAAGCACAGAUGGGUGUGAUGUUCUACAUGGUUGGGAGGUAUGGAGAAGCUCGAAACUCUUUUGAGAGUGCUAUAGUCAAGCUUCAUUCUACUGGGGAGAAGAAAUCAGCAUUCUUUGGAAUACUGCUGAACCAGAUGGGAUUGGCUUGUGUGCAGCUGUACAAGAUAGGUGAGGCUGCCAGAUUGUUUGAGGAAGCAAGGGAAAUACUAGAGCAGGAGUGUGGUUCAUUUCACUUAGAUACAGUUGGAGUUUAUAGUAAUCUUGCGGCAACUUAUGAUGCCAUGGGAAGGGUGGAAGAUGCAAUUGAAAUACUUGAGUACAUACUUGAGGCCAGAAAAGAAAAGCUUGGAACAGCAAAUCCAGAUGUUGAAGAUGAGAAGAAAAGACUAGCAAAGCUUUUGAAGGAAACUGGAAGGGACCGGACCAAAAAGGGGAAAUCACUUGAAAAUCUUCUUGAUUCGAACUCCCAUAGAAUGAAGGAGAGAAUUAAAAGGUUCUCUCGAUUUAGUUUCAAGACUUGACAAAGAUUAAAGAUUCCCUCUCUGCUCUCCUUUUGCUCGCAUUUACUCAAGUUUUUAUCAUGUGAAGAUCAGCUCUUACAACUGGUGGAGCCUUCUUGUUCUUUAAUAUUUAAUUUCCACUUGUUUUAAUUUCUUUUUUCUCCAUGAAAAACAUAUGCAAAAAUAUAGGUACUUAUGUAAGUAUGCACGAUAGAAAGUGUCCAGUAUUAAAAUGUCUGGUUUGCUUAAAAGUUAAAA